AUGAGAGUUAAUCCUAGUGUAAUAUUAGAGGCACCUGUUUACUAUACUGGUUUGAAAACACAUCAUAAUAUUGAAAAAGUAAUUAUACUUCGUGAUUUACAAUUAGAGUAUGAUUCUUCAACGUUAAGGGCAAAUUUCAAAUUUUUACCAAGGGAUGUAACAAUAAUAGACUUGACAAAUAAUGAAUUUGAAAGGUUACCACCACUGGGAGACAAUCAAUAUUGUCAUACGCUACUUUUAAGUAGAAAUUUACUACGAUCAUUAGAUGUGGAAGAUUUGCCAAGAAAUAUUAGGAAUUUACAGUUAUCGCAUAAUAAAAUUACUUCAUUCACUCAAUUGGAAUCCUGGAAGGUUAAUUGCCCAAAAAGCUUGUCAAAUUUGACUUUGAUCGGAAAUAGUAUCUGUUUUAUGGAAAAUUAUAGAGAACAUGUAAUAAGGAUAUUACCUCAUUUGAAGAUAUUGGAUUUUCAAAAAAUAACAUCGAUGGAACGCAAAAGGGCAAGAAAUUUGAAAAAAUUAAUGAAAAAUAGUGACAAACAGAAAAAUAGUGACAUCAUUCAAUCAAAUCCUAAUGCUGAUGACAUGCCCAAGGAAAUAUUACUAAUGACGAACGUUGUUUCUAAAUUAGAUGUCGCGAAGAGAAAAGAGUUACAGGAACAAUUAGCCAAAGCAACUACAUUGGCCGAAAUAAAUAGAAUAGAGAAAUUGUUAUCUGGCGGUGUUUGA